GCCGGGCGCCGCUGCGGCGGCGGCGGCGGAGGAGAACGGAGCCAGACCGGAAGGGUUCUAAGCGCUCCGGCGCCCCUCACACCCACUGCGGCGGCGGCGGCGGCAGCGGCGACGGCGGCGGGGCGGAGCGGCGCAGAGCGGGGCGGGGCGGCCGGCCGAGCCCCGGGCAGCGGAGCCGCGAGCCGCCAGCGCGCAGCGCCGCCAGUCCGCCCGCCUGCCCUCUCCUCUUGGCGCGGCGGCGGGUAGGUGAGGAAUCUGACGACUGUACCAGCUCUUUGGAAUAUCAUAUGACACUACAUCAUGAGUGACAGUAAAUGUGAUAGUCAGUUUUACAGUGUACAAGUGGCAGACUCAACUUUCACUGUCCUAAAACGUUACCAGCAGUUGAAACCAAUUGGCUCUGGAGCCCAAGGAAUUGUCUGUGCUGCUUUUGAUACAGUUCUUGGGAUAAAUGUUGCAGUCAAGAAACUAAGCCGUCCUUUUCAGAAUCAGACUCAUGCAAAGAGAGCUUAUCGUGAACUUGUCCUCUUAAAAUGUGUCAAUCAUAAAAAUUAUAAACAAGAAAGAAAAAUCCUUGAAUCCCACCACCCACAGGUCACUAUCAUUAACAUUUUGAUAAUUAGUUUGUUAAAUGUGUUUACACCACAAAAAACUCUAGAAGAAUUUCAAGAUGUGUAUUUGGUUAUGGAAUUAAUGGAUGCUAACUUAUGUCAGGUUAUUCAUAUGGAGUUGGACCAUGAAAGAAUGUCCUACCUUCUUUACCAGAUGCUCUGUGGUAUUAAACAUCUACAUUCAGCUGGUAUAAUUCAUAGAGAUUUGAAACCUAGCAACAUUGUAGUAAAGUCAGACUGUACCCUUAAGAUCCUUGACUUUGGCCUGGCUCGCACAGCAUGCACCAACUUUAUGAUGACCCCCUACGUGGUAACGCGGUAUUAUCGGGCACCUGAAGUCAUCCUGGGCAUGGGCUACAAAGAGAACGUUGAUAUCUGGUCAGUGGGUUGCAUCAUGGGAGAGCUGGUGAAAGGUUGUGUGAUAUUCCAAGGCACUGAUCAUAUUGAUCAGUGGAAUAAAGUUAUUGAGCAGCUAGGAACACCAUCUGCAGAUUUCAUGAAGAAACUUCAGCCAACUGUGAGGAAUUACGUAGAAAACAGACCAAAGUAUCCUGGAAUCAAAUUUGAAGAACUCUUUCCAGAUUGGAUAUUUCCAUCAGAAUCUGAACGAGACAAAAUGAAAACAAGUCAAGCCAGAGACUUACUAUCAAAAAUGUUAGUGAUAGAUCCUGACAAGCGAAUCUCUGUAGAUGAAGCUUUGCGUCACCCUUAUAUCACUGUUUGGUAUGACCCUGCUGAAGCAGAAGCGCCACCACCUCAAAUUUAUGAUGCCCAGUUGGAAGAAAGAGAACAUGCAAUUGAAGAAUGGAAAGAGCUAAUUUACAAAGAAGUAAUGGAUUGGGAAGAAAGAAGCAAGAAUGGUGUUGUGAAAGAUCAACCUUCAGAUGCAGCAGUAAGUAGCAACGCCACUCCUUCUCAGUCGUCAUCUAUCAAUGACAUUUCAUCCAUGUCCACUGAGCAGACGCUGGCCUCAGACACAGACAGCAGUCUGGAUGCCUCAACAGGACCCCUUGAAGGUUGUCGAUGAUACGUUAGAAAUAGCAAGCUUGUCAUCAGUGAAGGAACUCUCACUUCCAUGGGCCUGAAAUACUUGGGAGUUGAUGGAACCAAAUAGAAAAACUCCAUGUUCUGCAUGUAAGAAACACGAUGCCUUGCCCCUACUCAGUCGUACUAGGCUUGCCUUGCUUAGAUUAUAAAAUGAAGCAGAUAAUGUCUAAAGAAAAAAAAGUGCAAACCACACUUUUAGAGAUUUUGUUCAAGGUCAUUUCAGGUGAGCAAUUAGAAUAGAUGAAUUUUUUUUUAAAGUUGUACAGUAAUAGUGACAAUUUCUCAUCCUCAGUGACCGUUGGGACUUUUAUGCAUGUGACCACAAAUGCUUGCUCAGACUUGCCCUCUAGCACUUUGGAAAUCAGUAUUUAUAAAGCCAAAUAAUCUUCAAGGUAGUGCUGCUUCUAGAAUUGUCUCUUAAUCCUCUUAAGUAAUUUGGUGUCUGUCCAGAAAAAUAGAUUUAUGUGUAUUAAUUGGCCGCCAUCAUAUUAUCAUAUCUUACCUUCCUUUGGGGUAUGAGUUAUUUUCUUUCGUAUUUCAGAAGGAAUAUAAUUCAAUCUAUAUAAUAAAUUAAAAAUGUAACUUUUCUUAACUUUGUCAUGUUUUGGGCUGAGAAUUACCACUGCUAAGACCAGGACACUUUGUUUUCUCUAAAUUGUCUUAGUCUGGGUGACUGUACAUUCAGCUUUACUGCAUGAUAAAAUUUUAAGUUUUGUUUUGUGCUGCUUAAAACGUAUAUACCUUUAAAAUCCUAUCUUCCCUAUCUCUUUUUUCUUGGUCUUCUGGACUUAUUAAUUUAAAAUGCUACCUAGAACUUCACCUUCUUUAUUAGCCACCUAAUACCUAUGUCAAUAAUAUGAUGGCAAAUAGAUUCUUGAACCCAUCACCUGCUGUUAGAGUAGAAUUUUAUGAAGUGAUCACUAAAGAUGAUUGCAGUCACUUACUGAGUGCUUGCUUUGCUUGAGCCUGGACUGGGUCCUUUCUUACCUUCUGUCACUCAAGGUGAGAUGCGUGAUUUCAUAAGGCAGAGUUUCCCUCUUCCAACACAGCAUUCUUCCUCGAGUUUCUUUCUUCUCUGAAAGAAACCACGUAAAAAUCCCCCUUUGCUCUGUUUUAGGAAGCAGACUGGUUCAGAAUGCCUGUUUGUGGUUUGUUUUCCACUUUGUGGAGGCAUUUCCUUUUCCUAAGGGAAAUCCAUGAAUGUUCUGGAAAAACUCUUCUGAGGGAUAUGGAGGAAAUAUCCUGAAGGGUAAUAAUUAGCUAUUGAACAUUUUCUGAUUUUAAACUGCUCACCUGAAAUUGAUACUUUCAGACUGAUACGGAAAUCAUUCAAAGUUCAGUAAAAUACUGAGUAUUGAAGUGUCAUUGCAGAAAUGGAGUUACGAUGGUCACAUACGGCUACCUGUGCUCAUAAUGCUUUUCCCUUGAGCUUAUUCUGUUACAAAUUCAUAUCUUGUGUUUAGUUAUUUUGGAAGCUAUUGGAUCAACAUUGUUCACAUUCUAUAGAAUGUGUUCUGAGGAGGAACUUUGAUAAGAAAGUUUAUUAUAAAUAUUAUCUAAAAUAUAUGAUUAUCUCUACACCAGUUGUAUCUUAUUGGUCUUAUCACUGGAAACUGGAACCCUUGAUGAACAAAAUUAAUAUUGAAGUAAUAAAUAGUUUUAUAUUGUGAGGUUUAGACACAUUCAACUAUAAGAUGGAAAUACUAACUUGAACUGAGGCAGAAACACCUAUUACAUGGCUUAGGAUUGUUUUGGUUUUGGAGGCCUGAUGGUAUUGUGAAGCAACUUAUCACUAUACAUACAUAAACAUCUUAAAAUGGCCUCCUCUCUAAUACACAUUCUUUAAAAAGACUGUACUAAAUCUAUCUUUAAAGAGAAAAAGAAAGGUGAGAGUUUUAAAACUACAUGAUCUGUCCUAGGCGUAUGUCUGUGCAGCACAGGGACGCUGAGUGUGCAUCGAGGUUUCACUGGGUGACUGUACGUUCAGCCAGGCGCCAUUUGUAAGUGGAGCUGUAGGUGCCGCACAGACGGGCUUUCUGCUCGCUCAUUCCUCUGUGUGUUCACGGAUGGAGUCUGUGACGGUGUUGACGGGUUUCCUGCCAAGACCACCUUCCAUCAGAGACCAGUGAGUGCACCCAGGACAGGCCACAGGGCUGCAGACAGCCCAGCUCCAUAGAAAUACCUGCCCCCACUUGAGGGUCCUCCCUCCUGAGCCGAGAUGUGCCUGGGCCCUGGUGCAGUGCCGAUGGUUUCAAACUGCUCUCCAUGGAUAAAUGCUGAUGUUGGAUAAAGAACUGAAACAUUUGCUCAGUUUUUCAUGUUUCCUAUUUUAUUUUUGUAAUUUAUAUUGUACACAACCCUGAAGUAACUAUUUUGGACACAUAUUUUUAUAAACCAGGUAAUUUAUUAUUAGCCUGGAAUUUGGACUAGGUUCGUUUUGUUUGUUGACUUAGUUUUCUGUUAAAAAGGAAAUGACUGCCUCCCCUAUGUCGGGUCUUGAUUUCAAGUACAGGUUCCAGAGAGCAGACAGAGCCUUGUCAGAGUAGGAGAGCAUUCUCGAAACACAUCCUGCUCAGUGUUGAUCAGCUGUGGAAACAGGAGAUGGAAACAGGGCUCUGUGUUUAUCUCUGCACCAUGAAACUCAGAGCCGCAGUGCUGAAAGGAGAAAACCCUUGGCAGGGCCCCUUACUGACACCCAGAGUCCAUAGUUGAAACACUGAAUGGGAUACUGGUUUAAUCCAGAUUUGAUGCUGUGUAAGUCAUGGUAAUGAUGUAUGAUGAAUUCGUCUGGUUGAUUUCUAAUGUAACUCCUCCGGUGUUUCACACUGGUAGUAAACACAGGUGUGACCUUUCAGAUUGCAUAUCUCAAAAGUAACAUUGCCUAAUGUUUUAUAAUAAAAUAUAUUAUGUGUGUUUUGAUUGGUGAAAAUAAUACAAAUACAUUUUAAAAGAGAAGUGUAUAUAGCAUGUCCAAUUUCUGUGGUGUGUUUUUAAGUGACAGUUGACUGUGUAUUUCUACAUCACCAUCUCUGAUUACAGAUUUAACGUGAACACAGGUAGAUAUUGGAGUGUCGUCAUUUCAAUCAAUAUUAGCAUAUGUUUUUAAAUUGAAAAGCAAAGCAGUUCUGUUAGAUCUCUUACUGAAAAUAUUCUGCAGAUUCCUGAAUCUGAGUUUUCAAAAACAUGCAGUGCAAAAUUGAGUAUUCGGAGUAAUUGUUUUCUCACAAGGUGUGGCCAGAAGAAUCCACCAAUCAGUCAGUCUCUCCUUGUAUUACUUCAGAUCCUUAAUGGCGGUUGUGUGCCUGUGGUUUUGUGCAUGGAUGAGCCUCUUUCAUUUUGCUUCUGGUUUUGAGGCACUUUAGGAUGUUUACUACUUAAAACCAUAGGAAUAGAAGGGCCCACUAUGACUCACUCUCUUCGCUGCUUAAAAGGACUAGAAUCAUUCCAGAUGGAUGAGUAUCAAUCUUAAUUUUAAAGGUUUCUAGAAAAGGAAAACAUUUCUCUUGAUAAUGAUCUGGGUUCCAUUUCUCUAUCUUACCCCCUUCCCACUUUCAGUGUAGAUAGUACUAAAAAUACUUUGAAUUUGUUGACUUAAAUGGUACAUGUAGGUGGCUGGGAUUUUUUUUUUUAAUGGGAGGAAGGGUAGUAUUUCAGAAUAACUUAGUAUAUACUUUACUGAAGAUUCUGUAGCUACUUGUGUGAAUUUAAGCGUAAGCUUACCUUUGACAAUAAGGCGGUUAUUUGAUAUUUUUGGUCUUUAAUCGGGAAAGCUGGUAAUAAAAUCCAUAAUAACAGUGA